GGGGGUGAAUGUUGGAAAUUCUUAUUCUGACAUCUUAUUACAUCACUUCCUGAAACAGUUAAUAUAUUAAGCAGUUGAACACAGGAAUAAGAUGUUCAUGGGAUGUAUUGACAAAACAAAAAGCUGAAACUGUUGGCCAAAAUCCAAAGUCAAUAUUAGAGCCAAGCAAAUAUUGCCUGCAGUGGCACUGGGACAGUUUGAAGACCUUCCAUUUUUAAGUGGCAAGAGACUCCCUCACCUCCAGAACUACAGAAGCAAUUGUGUUUUCAGGAUGUUUGCAUUCAGGCGAGCAGCUUACUUCAUUUGCUUGUUUGGUACAGUUUCUUGUGGAUGUCUGACUCAAUGGUACAAAAAUACCUUCUUCAGAGGUGGAGAUGUAACUGCCAUGUACACCCCAGAUGCCCAGUACUGUCAGAUGAUGUGCACAUUUCAUCCCAGGUGUUUGUUCUUCAGUUUUCUUCCAGAAAGUUCAACUAAUGAGCCAACAAGAAGGUUUGGUUGUUUCUUGAAAGACAGUGUUACAGGAACUCUACCAAGAGUGCGUCGGACAAAUGCAAUUUCUGGACAUUCCUUAAAGCAAUGUGGCCAUCUAAUAAGUGCUUGCCACCGAGAUGUUUAUGAAGGGAUUGAUAUGAGAGGAGCCAAUUUUAAUGUAUCUAAGGUCAAGAGUGUUGAAGAAUGCCAAACAUUGUGCACCAAUAAUAUUCAUUGCCAAUUUUUCACAUAUGCCACACAAACAUUUUACAGUGCAGAGUACCGGAACUACUGCCUAUUAAAACACAGUCCAAGUGGAACACCUACUGGUAUAAAGACGCUGAGUAAUGUGGUAUCUGGAUUCUCACUGAAGCCCUGUGCGCUUUCAGAAUUUGGUUGUCAAAUGGACCUUUUCCAGCAUCUUGCCUUUGCAGACACAAAUGUAGCCAGAGUUAUCACCCCAGAUGCUUUUGUGUGUCGAACCAUCUGCACUUAUCAUCCCAGCUGCCUCUUCUUUACAUUCCAAACAAAUGCGUGGACUACAGAAUCCCAAAGAAAUGUUUGCUUCCUUAAGACUUCUAAAAGUGGGACACCAAGUUCCUUUACUCCUCAUGAAAACGCAAUAUCUGGAUAUAGCCUUUCAACCUGCAAAAAAACUCUGCCUGAACCCUGCCUUUCCAAAAUCUAUCCUGGAGUUGACUUUGGAGGGGAAGAAUUGAAUGUGACCUUCGUGAAAGGAGCAAAUGUUUGCCAAGAGACUUGUACGAAGACAAUUCGCUGUCAGUUUUUUACUUACUCUUUACUCCCAGAAGACUGUAAGGGAGAGAAGUGUAAGUGUUCUUUAAGAUUGUCUUUGAACGGUUCUCCAACCAGGAUCAGCCAUGGGACACAAGGGAGCUCUGGUUAUUCUUUGAGAUUGUGUAAAACUGGGGACAGCUCUGUCUGCACAACAAAAAUUAAUGCACGCAUCGUGGGAGGAAUGAACUCUUCAUGGGGAGAGUGGCCCUGGCAAGUCAGCUUGCAGGUAAAGCUGACAAGUCGGAGCCACCUGUGUGGAGGGUCCCUCAUUGCACCGCAGUGGGUCCUGACUGCCGCACAUUGCUUUGACGGAAUUCCCUACCCAGAUGUUUGGCUCAUUUAUGGAGGCAUUUUAAAUCUGUCAGAGAUUACAAAAGAAACUUCUUUCUCACAAAUAAAAGAACUUAUUAUUCACGAGAAAUAUAAAAUGUCAGAAACUGGUCACGACAUUGCCUUAAUAAAACUACAAGCACCCUUGAAUUAUACUGAAUUCCAAAAACCAAUAUGCCUACCCUCCAAAGAUGAUACGAGUACAAUUUACACUAAUUGCUGGGUAACUGGAUGGGGCUACAAUAAGGAAAAAGGUGAAAUCCAAAAUAUUCUACAAAAGGCAAAUAUUCCUUUGGUAACAAAUGAAGAAUGCCAGAAAAGAUAUAAAGAUUAUGUCAUAACCAAACAGAUGAUUUGUGCUGGCUACAAAGAAGGGGGGAAAGAUGCUUGUAAGGGAGACUCUGGUGGCCCCUUGGUCUGUAAACACAAUGGAAUAUGGCGUUUGGUGGGCAUCACUAGUUGGGGCGAAGGCUGUGCCCGCAAAGAACAACCAGGUGUCUAUACAAAAGUCGCUGAAUAUGUGGACUGGAUUUUAGAGAAGACACAGAAACAUGAUGGAAAGGCUUUGAUGGCAUCACCAGCGUGAAGAGGCUGCAUAGUGAAGAAAAGCCUAGACUGUGGCACUAGUCUGGGUUCAGGUCAAAUAGUGAGCAUUGGAGUCCCUGUCUAUUAAAUGUGGAGAAUGGAUUUACCUUGAGUACUUGUCAUAAGGAUAAAAAAUGGUACAAGGCUGCUGAGGACAAUGCCUUGGCAAGGCCUGCAGUUAGCGUUUGGUAACUAGGAGCUGGUAAUGAGAAAUAGCUGAAGAGCUUUGGGAUUGUGUGUUGUUAAAUAAAAUGGAAAAGAGCAUGAUUAGAAGUAUUUCCCCCUGGUUGUGAAAGUAAACUGAAAACAAGUGACUCCAAAUUCCAGCACAGUGUUCCCUAGAAACUAACUCUGCCUGCUAUGCUUGGGGUAAGAAGGUAGGAAGCUUGAGUUUUGUUCUGCCCAAUGAAAGAAAGAAAUCUAAUAUUCUCAUUUACAAUAAAAAGAUGGAUUACCUGAACUUGGGAGAAUAGGACACCUUUUCAUUUGAGCCACUUACUUUUGUUCCUGAGCAUUGCAGCAAGGGUCCAGUCUGGGUGUGUAGAGGCCUGUAGGGCUGCACUAUUCUGGUCACAGCUCCUGCAGUAGUCUCAUUGCAGAGCUUUCGUGGAGGGCAAGGAAUCUGCUUCACAAAGAACAUUAACCUGAGAGGCUCAGUGGGUAUUGAGUUGUGCAAUGGUGAUCCAAAAGCAUUGUUAGGUAUAAAAUACUGCAUAAAAUUUGGCCCUGUAAACUCAUGGUAGUAAGUAGUAGUUAUUAGCCUUGGAAUGGAAGAUCUGAAUUAUAUUCAGCACAAAUUCCAAACUUGCCAGUGAUUACCACAGUUGACCAUAGGUAGUUUGAUUCAGUUCAGUUAAGCUGAUUAAUAUGUACAUAAGUGCUGCCAAUUACAAAAUAAUUGUGUAAUAAGUAGAAAAAUAGAAACUUAAAGCUUUCUAAAAAAUUAAACUUUUCUUCUAUACACCAAGAUACAGAGGGGUAGAAAGGUAUAAAGAUGGAGGAGGCUAAAGGAAAACCAGGAGAUCCUGGUUACCCAUAGUCCAUGCCAUUGGAAACUGAAGAGGUAAGAAUUACUCCAGAAGCAAUGGCUUUUCUAAAGCCAGAUUGCAUGAACUAUUUUUCUAAAAGCACAUAAUUUCAACGUUUACUUUUGUGUUCAAUAAAGACAUUGCCCUUGUUA